AUGGGAGUUGGUGUUGAAGAAGUAGAUUUGAGUAGAGAGAUUAGAACAGGUGCGAAGAGAGAUAUGCGUUUGAUGAAGGUGAAAGCUGCAGAAGACAAAUACAAAGGCCAGUUGAAAGGUGUUACUUUUGACGGUUAUCUUGAACGAAAUGAAGAUAAUAGACUUCAAAAGAAGAUUAACGAUUCCAAUGCCAAAAACACAGGAACUGAUACAGAGAGACCAGAAGUUAGCCUGGUAGAGAUGGUGUCAACAGUGGGCACCUAUGACUAAUAUUUAACUGAUUGGGAAUAGCAGAGUGGUUCAAUCAAAGUCACGGUUGGACUAACUGGUUUGUUAGAAAGUGAGAGGACUCGAUAUACAACAACACAAGACCAAAUAAAGGAGGAAGUAUAUGGUACACUACUAGCAGAAAAACCAAUGGGCGUUAAUGAUCACUUCCUUACCUACCAUCUUGAUCUUGAUGUGGAUGGAGCUUCAAACUCAUUUAAUCAAAUCCAAGAUGCAAAUGACACCAAUUACUCCAAAAUCUCUCUCCCAGAAAGAGCUACUGGAAAGUUAUUAAGUGAAGUGGCUAAAACUGAAUCUGAUGCAAGGAUUAAGCUUGGUUUGGAAGAAGCUGAUUUAUUAGUGGUUAAUCCCAAUAAAAAGAGGACCAAAAUGGGAAACUUGAUUGGUUACCGUUUUUUGAUCCCUGGAUAGCCACAAGUGCCUCUCUUAUCAGAAGAUGAAUUAUACACAAAUUAGGGGAGCUUUUACCAAAGUAUAAUGUGUGGGUUUACACCAUAUAACAAGUCUGAAAAGUGGGCAAGGGGGACUAUAUGCAGAUCAGAGCAGAGGAGAUUGAUACU